AUGGAGACACGAUUCAAGAGGUUUGGCUUGACCGAGGGAGACAAGGUUCGAGAGGGUGACGGAGCCAAGAUGGACUCGAUAGCGCCGCAUGGAUGCAUAAUAUGAUCAAUAGGAAAUAGGUAAAGAGAGAUUGAAUCGAGUCGCGAGAAGAUAAACGUUAAAGCGAUAAAGAAAGAGAAAGAAAGAAAGAAAGAAAGUCGGGAGACUUUUUCCGAAAACGAUGAAUGUAAAGAUACUGCUGGAGUUGAUAAAGGAGAACUUCUUCAGACACCUGGUAGAGAAGUGGCGUAUACCUGCCACGAAUUCAAAGAUUACGACAAUAUGCAAAGAAAAACGCUAUCAUUAUGACGAGGACAUGAUAAACAUGACCGAAAUACAUGCAUAGAAGAAUGAGUUCCCGAUCUAACAUCCAACGUUUUCUUCGCUCUGUAACGCCGACUGUUCCUUGCAAGUCUGUUCCUCGUAGCUGCAUUCAAGGUCUCAACAAGACGUGGUUCCCUGGAAACAAGGAGACUGUUGAAUAUUUUGAACUUUCAGAUCUUUGGAAUGUCUUUGACGAGUGGAGUGCAUAUGGAGCUGGAACUUCAAUUGUCCUUGGUGAUGGUUCUGACAAUAUUAUUCAGUACUUUGCUCCUUUCCUAUCUGGUAUCCAGAUUUAUACCGACAAUUCAGCUUUAUCCUACAGGUAUAUAUAA